ACAGCUAUGGCCUCUACGUGGGAUUCCGUGUCCCAACUUUUGACGGACAAUUCUAAGGAAAUUUUUAUCGAAACGUCCGAGUUAUUGAUUAAAUUUGCCAGCAAUAUCCUAAAGAAACCGAAUGAGGACAAAUAUAGAAAGAUCCGGUUGGGAAACCCCAUCGUACAGUCGAAGAUACUCCCAAUUAGUGGCGCUUUGGAAGUUCUGUUUGAAAUGGGAUUCUUAGAGGAUGGAGAGUACUUGACGAUGCCGAUUGGCUCAGGACUCAACACACUCCGUCUCAUCUAUUCCGAACUGCAGUGUCAGCGCAACAAGCUGGGUGCGCCUGUACUUGACAAUGUUGCCUCUGUCAACCCCCAACUUAUCACUUCGGUUUCACAGUCUCCAGCUCAAACUGCAUCCAUUGCUAUGUCUACACCCUCUAUCUCGACACAAGCUCCCAGCAGUGCAUCAACAGCAACAUCUACACCCUCUCCAUCCGCUCAAGCGCCCCGCAGCGCUGCGACAGCAUCUGCUCAACAGACCGUGUCAUCACAGGAUAUUCAUGAAAUGGAGUCAGUCUUCUUCAGCAAGAUUCAGAGCUCACUGUCCCAUGUGUUGAUGUAUGAGGAUCGUUCCCUGCAGCAGAAGGCAAGGGAGGUAAUUCCACUGGAGCAGCUCCAAAAGGCAGCAGACGCCAACUGGCGGAACCUGAUCCAGGAGUGCCCAGCUGGCCGUGGCGAGACUGCUCUAGACAGACAAGACACUCUUCUGUUGGAACUGCUUCGAUGGUUUAAAAAAUCCUUUUUCCAGUGGGUGGAUGCUCCUCCAUGCAAUGCAUGCGGGGCCGAGACCCGACUCGUGGGUGGAGUUGAUUCCUUACCUCAGGAAAGGAUUUGGGGGGCAUCUCGAGUAGAGAACUAUCGGUGCAAUUCUUGCCAGCAGUUCACACGCUUCCCGCGUUACAACCACCCACAGAAACUCCUGGAGACGCGAAGAGGUCGGUGUGGGGAAUGGGCCAACUGCUUCACUCUGUGUUGUCGAGCAGUAGGCCUCGAGGCUAGGUACGUCUUGGACUGGACUGACCAUGUGUGGACUGAAGUGUACUCGGAUUCACAGCGGCGAUGGCUGCACUGUGACCCUUGUGAAAAUGUCUGUGAUAAACCCUUGCUUUAUGAAGCUGGCUGGGGGAAGAAGCUGACGUAUGUCAUCGCUUUCUCCAAAGACGAAGUGCUGGACGUUACCUGGCGGUAUUCAUCUAAACAUUCUGAAGUGCUGAUGAGAAGGAAAGAAUGUCGUGAAAACUGGCUGUGUAGUGUCCUUACACGACAGUGGAACAAGAAAGUCAAUGCUUUGUCUACGUCCAGAAAAAAUGAACUCUUAAAUCGCCUGAUUGUAGAGCUGGUGGAAUUCAUCACUCCUAAAACAGCAGACGGUAGAGGCUUGUCAGGGCGUACUACGGGGUCACUAGCAUGGCGGCAGGCUCGUGGGGAAAUAGGGAGUGCUGAAGGUACCAGUUCAAGUGGUUCAUUCAUUUUCACUCUGACACAGGAAGAGAAAGAACGGGAGGUGUGUCAUGUUCAGUAUAGCUGUGCUGAGGACAAGUAUGUACGCUUGUCGUCGGGUAACUCGGAGACGGUAGGCUGGCAGAGUUGCGUACACAAGGCGUCAUCUGUGUUCAGGAAGGAGGAGAGAGACUGGAAGAUGGUCUACCUAGCGCGGACAGAAGGAGCUGCUCGGGCAUCAGUAUCAUGGAAGUUUGACUUUAAAGACAGUGGUCUGCGAGUCAACCGGUGCCUACUGAGGGCGGACAGUUCUGUGUUUGAGAAUGGUCAAGUGAUGUGGACGAUCUGUGGUGAUGACAAAUGUAUCAAAAUGAGAGGUCCUGAACUGGUGACCUUGAGAGAAGUUGAUGUAAAGGGAUGUCUGACGUUGACGAUCACCGCGGACCUGAGUGGGGGUAACGGGGACAACGCCUGGCAACACACACAGCUCUUCAGACAGGAAAUGAAUGCUGAUAACUCUCCCUUUGAAGUAAAGAUAUCCCUGGCUUAAUAACCUGGACAUGGUGAAACUGCAGGAUAGAUGGCUAAGUUGUGACACACUUGAUAUAUAUGUUUGAUUCCUUUUCAGGAAAGAAAAUCAUUUUAUAGAAGGGAAACAUGCUUUUUGUUUUGUCAGGGGAGACAUGAUGUUGAAAUUUGUGGAGGAUUUGUGUGAAUGAUGUUAUACAUCCCGGUAUCAGGGCUCGAUUUAGCUGUGUAAAACAUGCACCAGUGUAACCUAUCAUUGAAAAGGGGCGGUCGGGUAGCCUAGUGGUUAAAGCGUUCGCUCAUC